GGACCCGGAUGUUAAUUUCGAUCGGACACACUCUACUGAGGACAAAGCGUUUCAGAUAAUGGAUGGAUGAUUCUGUUGGAUGUCUAAAAUCGAUUAUUACCCAAAUAACGCGUUUCCAUCUUCCUGUACAUUUUGUUUUUUAAGGUUAUCGAGGGACUCACACUUCCGGUGCGUCCUUUUGUCCUUACAGUCCGCUUGGAGCGCUUGAACACUCCCCUAGGUGAGGGACGGAAACAAAGUCGUGGCGACCUAGAAAACUAGAAUACAGAACAUCCGCGCAGUUGUCGUGAGAAGAGGUCUCACUGGUGGUUCCUCUCCCGCCGUCCGACAUGGCGGUUCAGGUGUCCGAGUCAGACCAGAUCAAACAGUUCAAAGAGUUCCUCGGGACGUACAACAAGCUGACCGAGAAUUGCUUCAUGGACUGCAUCAAAGACUUCACCAGCCGGGAGGUCCGGCCCGAGGAGUCGAUGUGCUCCGAGUCGUGUCUCCAGAAGUACCUGAAGAUGACCCAGCGGAUUUCCAUGCGCUUCCAGGAGUACCACAUCCAGCAGAAUGAGGCCCUGGCUGCCAAAGCUGGUCUGCUGGCGCAACCCAGAUGAGACUGACGCCACACACUCAAAGGCCCCCCCCCCAUGUGCUUGUUUUAUAAUGUGUCAAAGCUAUAAAACCGUAAUGUCA